AUGUCAUCGUCAAGAUCCAGGCUGCCUCUGCUGCUGUAUGGGGUCCUCCUGUGCAGCUUCUUUGCUCCUCUCCCAGUCAUCAGCAAUAAGAGACAACCCAUACGUAACGCAGUGGUUUGGGCCAGGGGCAGCUCCUGGGACAAGAGGGAGGUGAUGGCUAAAGAUGGAGAAUACCUGCUGGGGAUAAAGAGACUAAGAAGGCUUUACUGUAAUGUGGGCAUCGGCUUCCACAUUCAGGUCUUACCAAAUGGGAAGAUCACAGGUGUGCAUAAUGAAAACAGAUACAGUCUUCUAGAAAUUUCCCCAGUGGAGAGAGGAGUGGUGACUCUGUUUGGGGUGAGAAGUGGUCUUUUUAUUGCCAUGAGCGACAAAGGGAAACUCUAUGGUUCGGGCCACUACAAUGACGAAUGCAAGUUCAAGGAGAAUCUCCUGGCCAACAACUACAAUGCUUAUGAAUCAGCUGCCUACCCUGGUAUGUACAUAGGCCUCAGCAAGACUGGAAAAACUAAGAGAGGCAACCGGGUCACACCCACCAUGACCAUGACACACUUUCUUCCCAGGAUAUGACGUUUAGGAACAAAACUCUCAGUACUACAGAACAAAGCUUCUGUUCGGUCAGAUUCUACUGUUGGACUACUGACGUUCUUCUUCUACAGCUAUCACAAUGGACCAUAGAAACUCAGAAACCAUUGGAAAUGUUCUUGCCCAAUUACAAGCUAACCAGCACUAGAGAAGCAAUGUUUGUAUAAACUGUUUACUAUGCACUAACCAGAACGAACAUUAAUGUGUGAUCAGCAUGGCUGUG